AUGACCCACCGCGACGAUCCAUCGAUUGGUAUCAUCUUCACUGAUGGCGCGUGUCUCAACAACGGCCAGAUCGAUCCCAAGGCUGGCUGGGCCCCUGGGAAGGCUGAAGUCAAGAAUAGGGAUCUGUGGGAGGCUUUACUCGGCGAGGCGGUGCGGGCUCACGAAAGCGGGUUGAACAUUGCUCUGUGGCAUAUCUCACGGGAGCUCAACACCGUCGUUGACGCGGCCGCGAAAGGCGCGGCGGAGAAGCAUUGUGCUCCCGAGGCUUGGUUGGAGAUUAUGGGGCUCAGCAGCGGGCCGUAUCAUGUCAUGCUGUAA